AUGCCUGCGGACGAAGGUGCCUUUCUUGCUGGUGCCGACCCGACAUCGCCAAUCAAGACUUGUUUCGAAGCCAUUGAAGGUAGCGAAUUCCCGUCCUGGACGUUGUGUAUUCAGACGAUGACUCCUGAGCAAGCCAAGCAAUAUAAACUGAUUGCAAUCGAUGUGAAAGGUACUGCAAAUAACCAGUCACGAUCUAGGAGUGUUCUCAUUGAGGCCAAACUUCCUAAGAAUGCCACUUAUCAGACGCUGCUCACUUCAGUACAAGCUCCAUGUAAUAUUGUGCUUCCGCACAUCAGGGAUUGUUUGGAUAUUCCAAGUUGA